AUGUCUAGAAACCCUCUCCUGAUCCGCUCCUCGCCUGCUCUAGGAACUGGCUCUUAUGGUGCUGUGCCUAUUCAGAGCGAAUCGUUCGAGUCGUCCGGCGACGAGAUUGCACAAGAACGCAGAACACGAAGAAGGAGGAAAAGCGUUCCUGCCCACGACGAUGUGACGUUUGAUGCUGAUGCAGAGACACUGGCCAGGCGGGAAACAACCUCUUCCGAAUAUGCGCGACCCUCCAGACGUCGAAAAUCUGAAGGUACAGAAAUCGGUAUGGGCAUAGACAACAAAGCAUCCUUCGCUAUGCCCGUCGAAACUACUGGCCGCCGUGACAAUUCGUCAAGCUCAAGUGCCCUCAAUACAGACAGUGACGACGAAGACGAUACUCUCAAAGCAGAUAACUCCCCUUAUGCUGAAGUAAGAGCAUCGGUUCCGAACACGGACAACACCACUCUGUCCAUAAACACUCCGCGAAUGUGGUUUCUGUCAAUGUUCUUUGCCGUGGGAGGCUCAGCUACAAAUCUAUUCUUCUCGCUGAGAUAUCCAAGCGUCGCCAUCACUCCAGUCAUUGCACUCGUGCUUGUCCAUCCUCUUGGUAGAGCCUGGGACCUGAUACUUAAACACAACGACGAUCCCGAUGUGUCUUUCGUCUGCGGAGAUCGUCAAGGGCAACGGGACGAGCAACGCUCAUGGUUGCAGAAUUUCAGAUUAUGGCUAGCACAAGGCUCAUGGAACGAAAAGGAACACGCUUGUGUCUACAUUAGCAGCAACGUCUCCUUCGGCUUCGCUUUCGCUACCGACGUUAUUGUAGAGCAACACAAGUUUUACAAGCAGCCUGUCCCCAUCCUCUACCAGCUUUUGCUGACUAUUUCGACUCAAAUUCUGGGUUAUGCCUUUGCUGGAUUGACUCGAAGGUAUCUCGUCAGACCUGCUGCAAUGAUCUGGCCCGGCACCUUGAUGUCCACUGCCAUGUUUAGUACCAUGCACACGAACGAGAAUAAAACUGCAAAUGGCUGGACCAUUUCGCGAUACCGCUUCUUCGUCUAUAUUUGGGCUGCUGCCUUUGCCUGGUACUUCCUUCCGGGCUUGCUCAUGCCUGCCUUGAGCUAUUUCAACGUCAUCACCUGGUGCUUUCCCAAGAACGUGGUCGUGGCCAAUCUUUUCGGUGUGACAUCUGGCCUGGGCAUGUUCCCACUCACCUUCGACUGGGCUCAGAUUGCAUACAUUGGUUCACCUCUACUAACUCCGUGGUGGGCUGCUGCGAAUGUCAUCGGUGGUUUAGCACUAGUCAUGUGGGUUGUUGCGCCAAUUCUGUAUUACAGUAAUGCUUUGUACUCGGCAUAUAUGCCCAUGUUGUCCUCGAUGGUCUUCGAUAAUACAGGACAGCAAUACGAUGUGAGCAAGGUUCUCACCAAGGAUUUUCUCUUCGACAAAGAAGCCUACGACAGAUAUUCUCGGGUGUACAUGCCGAUUACAUAUGUCUUGUCAUACGGCGUACAGUUUGCCGCUUUGUCUGCACUGGUGACUCAUACAAUAUGCUGGCAUGGUCGCGAUAUCUGGAAGCAGUCAAAACAAGCUUAUCGCGAGAGAGAUGAGAAGCGCGAUCUGAAUGGUUAUGCGCCUAUACCACACAAUGACAAUGCCUUACAGUCCACGAGUCUGCCUGCACACGAAAACAGCGGAGAGGAUAUUCAUUGCCGUCUUAUGCGACACUAUGAGGAUGUUCCGAUGUGGUGGUAUCUGCUCACUUUCUUAAGUAUGCUUGCGAUAGGCAUCUUCGUUGUUGAGCAUUAUCCAGUACAUCUGCCGUGGUAUGGUCUCCUCCUCGCGCUUGGCAUAACCACUGUCCUGUUCAUUCCUGUGAGUAUCGUCAUGGCUAUCACAAAUCAGCACAGCAGUCUGUAUCUUAUCUGUCAACUGAUAUGUGGUGUUGUGUUUCCCGGCCGUCCAGUCGCUAACAUGGUCUUCGUCACCUAUUGCUAUAUCAGCUCGGCUCAAGGUGUCAAAUUCUCAUCCGAUCUCAAGCUUGGUCAUUACAUGAAGAUACCUCCAAAGUUGUUGUUCAAGGUCCAGAUGGCAGCUACACUCGUGUCGAGCGUUGUGCAAAUCGUCGUGUUGAAUUGGAUUUUGGGCGUUUCUCAUUGGAGCAGUGAGUCCGGUCGUGUUAUGGAUGGUCAGCAGACGAAGAAAGAAGAGCAUACUCCGUAA